ACCCCGGUGUUACCAUGGAAACCGGCCAUUCCCGGGCCGAGCCCUCCCCUCCCUGCACGUCACGGACGGGCGGGACCAUCUUGUCUUCCGGGUUGUUGCCCAUUUAACAUAUUUACCUCCCCCUGAGGGAAUCUCUGUUGACGGCUCCAUUUUGGCAGCAGAGGGUCCUGUCAGCCUCUUCCUCCUUCAGGGUACAGCGGUGCGGCACUUGUGAAGAAUGGCAUACCCAUACCAGUCAUCAGGGUUCCCAGGAUAUCCAGGCUACCCAGCAGGUGAUCCAUCAUAUCCCCCUGCUGGGCAACAAGCAUAUCCUGGCGGGCAGUAUCCUCCUGGAGGUGGCUUUCCACCUGCACCUGGUGGGGCAUACCCUGCAGUGGGUGGUUUCCCGGCUCCUGGUGGCUUUCCUGGUGCAAUGCCGUCCUAUCCUGGAGCUCCCGGAUACGGAGCACCCGGUCAAGUGCCAGGAUAUGGAGCUCCUCCUGGUGCCCCAGGAUAUGGAGCCCCGCAAGGUGUUCCUGGGUAUGGUGGGCCUGGUUUUGGGGCUCCUGCUGGUGGCUAUGGAGCUCCAGCAGCUGGAGGAUAUGGGGCACCUACAGCUGGUGGCUUUGGAGCCCCUCCAGGUGGUGCCCCAGGCUAUGGAGGAUACCAACAGCCUUCUACUCAGCGUUAUGGAGGUGGAGGACCAGGUCAAGCACCAGGUGGAUUUCCAUCAGGACCAGUCCCUGGACAACAGCCAACCGUUAGUGUUCAGCAUCAGCCUUUUGCUGCCGCAAUGACUGCCACUCAGGGAACCAUCAAAGCUGCCGCAAAUUUUGAUGCAUUGACCGAUGCCGAAAAGCUAAGAAAGGCAAUGAAAGGAUUCGGAACUGAUGAACAAACCAUUAUUGACAUUGUUGCAAACCGUUCAAAUGAUCAACGACAGAAGAUUAAGGCGGCAUUUAAAACUGCUUAUGGAAAGGAUUUGAUUAAAGAUUUGAAGUCUGAACUAAGUGGCAAUGUUGAAGAACUCAUCCUCGCACUCUUCAUGCCUCCAACUUAUUAUGAUGCUUGGAGUGUGUACAAUGCCAUGAAGGGUGCGGGAACAAAAGAAGGUGUACUUAUUGAGAUCUUGUGCUCCAGGACGAACAGUGAAAUCAGGAACAUUGUUGCAUGUUACAAGUCAGAGUUUGGGCGAGACAUUGAGAAGGAUAUCCGAUCUGAUACCUCUGGACAUUUUGAGAGGCUUCUUGUGUCAAUGUGCCAGGGGAAUCGUGAUGAAAGUCAAAAUGUGAACAUGCAGCAAGUUGAGCAAGAUGCCCAGCGUCUUUACCAAGCUGGUGAAGGAAAACUGGGAACCGAUGAGUCUUCCUUUAACUUAGUGCUGGCCAGUCGCAGCUUCCCACAUUUGAAAGCUUUAUCAGAAGCAUAUGCCAGAAUUUCAAAGCGUGACUUAAUAAGUGUCAUAGGAAGAGAGUUCUCUGGACAUAUAGAGGAUGGAUUAAAGGCAGUUUUGCAGUGUGCUAUAAACCGUCCAGCCUAUUUUGCUGAGAGACUUUAUAAGGCCAUGCAUGGAGCGGGCACCAAAGACUCAACCUUGAUCAGGGUCAUUGCAACACGCAGUGAGAUUGAUCUUGUGCAGAUAAAACAAGCCUUUGUACAGAUGUACCAAAAGAGCCUUUCCUCCAUGAUCGCAGGUGACACGAGUGGAGACUACAGAAAAAUGCUGCUUGCUAUUACUGGUCAAUAGGGUCCAUCCUAUGAAUGCAUUGUUGUGGGGUGUGUGUCCACAUGGGUUCUGAAGGUGUCUGUACAUGAGAUUUGAUUUGUGUCUCUUUGUUACCUGACAAGCAUUUAUAAAAUCACUUCUCCUGGGAAGCAAGACACGUUUUAGGCAUUUUUAGUACCUGUACCAUCAAUAUAAAUAUUACACUUUGUACUUCAGAAUGUCAAUGAUAUUAUAUACUCUGCAUAUAGCAUGAAUAAAUAAGUAAUCUUUUUUGUUUUCUACCUA